CACGCACGCUAGACUGCAGUUUGGUGGCGCUUGUAUGCAACAUUUUAGCUACAGUAACAUUUAAUAUUUUCAGAAAUGGAGACGCCGCCAGGUGAGGCGCGCCAAAAGGCAGCAACAUUGAUAUGGGUGGAACUAGCUAGUAGCGAACUUUAGUUAGCAAAUGUACUUAGGUGCAGAGUAUGGAACCCUCAGGGCAUCCAGAAACCUCUGGCUCUUUUCAGAUGGCCGCUGAGAAUGUGCACCAAGACCUUCUAUCCACACAGACUGAUAUGGACAUGUUUUCUGGGCACGCUGAUAUGGGCCUGCUGCCUGCUCAGACUGAUGUAGACCUACAGACUGAUAUGGAGGUGACCUGCUCACAGGGAACAGAGGGACAAAGUGGGCAGCAGCAGAACCUUGAUGAGCUGACAACCUUUCUCACCCAAUCUGAAAGAGAGAGGCAGAAAACUCAGGACAGCCUGAGCAUCCUGGGGGACCCAGACUCAUUGGAACUGUCCAAAGCCCAGGUGGAGGAGUUUUACAGCCGCACAGUCGUUCCCGGGCCCUCAGACCUUCCCGGGCCCUCAGACCUUCCCGAACCUUCAGGCCCAGCUACAGGCCUCAGUCAGGAUGAGUGGAGCGGGCAGGGCCACACAGAAGCCUGGCCAGAAAUGGGCGCUGAGCCAGGGACAGACAGGCUGGAGGUCACAGAGGGAACUCAGACUUUAACUGGGACACUGUUGCCAGAGACUGGAGAGGAGCGAAUGGACAUAGUACUAGAAGAUCCCUCUGCACCUUCUCAAGAUGACGUUGAUCCAAAUAUGCCUUCUAUAGUCAGCGUAGAGGGUUCACACUCUGAGGAUGGUCCAGGCAAAGAGGAAGCCUUAUCAUUCUUUGGAUUGGUGCCAAAGGUAGAAGACACAGGCACAGCAGACAAAAAGAAUGAGAGAGAACAACCAGUGAGGGGCAGUAUGUCCCCACUAUCAUCCUGGGCCCAGCCAUUGACACCAGGUGAAGCUGAGGACCAAACUGAAACUGAGGUCUCCAUUGAGGAUCCAAAGGUUUCUCAAAGUGGUCAAAAUACUACGGGGAGGAAGAGAGGCCGUCCUCGUCGUGGAGAAGUGAGGAAAAACAUUACGUCUGAUGGAGACCAGCUAUCAGACAGCGACUCUGACGAUACAGCUGACGAUCCGAGGGACACAGACUUUGACCCUGCACGGUCAGGCCUCCGACGCUCCCCCAGGGCCUCCCAAAGGAGCCACAACACCCUGUCCCCCCGGCUCAUUGCUCCCAAGCCGCCUUGCCCUGCCUCUACCCCUGGCUACACCCAGAGGUCUGGAGGUCCCCCUCCACCCCGGCUGCCACCCCCUCGCCAGCCUACCAGAGUCCUCUGUGCCAACUGCAGUGGAAUGCUGCAGAGCGGACAGACAGCCUACCAGCGCAGGGGUCAGCCUCAGCUCUUCUGCAGCUCCACCUGCCUUAACUCCUUUGGCAAGAAAGUCCCCAAGAAAAAGCCCUGUGCUUUCUGUAAAAGGGACAUGGGGAAUAGUAAGGACACCAUGCUUGCACAGGUUGGCCAGUCACAAUCCUUCCAAGAAUUCUGCAACAACACUUGUCUUUCCCUAUAUGAGUCCCGGCUGGAGAAGGGUCCGAAACAGCCCCCCAAACCAAGUACCCCUGGCCAAAGAUGCAGUGUGUGCAACCACAUGCGUGAGAUCAACCAUGAGGUAACCAUGGGCAAUGUGAUUCACCUCAUGUGCAGUGAUGCCUGUUUCAACCGUUUCCGGGCCACCAAGGGCCUGAAGACCAGCUGCUGUGACACCUGUGGUACCUACAUCAACACCUUCACCUCCCGGCCUGAGUACCUACUGCAUGAGGGCCAACAGAGGAGGUUCUGUAACUCCUCCUGUCUCAGACUCUAUAAGAUGAAAAACACUAAGGUGCUCUCGUGCCAGUGGUGUAGGACUCUGUGUAAGAUCUUUGACAUGCUGUCUAUGGUGGAUCAGUAUGGCAUGACCAAACACUUCUGUUCUUUGUGCUGUAUCGCUUCACAUAAAGUGAAAACUUCUGGGGACACAGUUCCCAGUGACGCUUGCAGUUCCUGCAAAAGAAGCCCCUCUGAACCGUACUACUGUAAAGCAAAUGAGACCAUUUAUGUCUUCUGUAGCCCUAGCUGUUGGAGCACAUUUCAGCGCAACAGUCCCAAUGGAGCCAUCUACUUCAACUGUGUCUCCUGUCAUAACAUGUUCAAUGGGAAACCAGAAAUCUUAGAUUGGCAGGACUCAAUAUAUCAGUUUUGCUGUAAGGAGUGCUGUGAGGACUACAAGCGCCUGAAUGGUGUGGUUUCUGUGUGUGAGCACUGCAAGCAAGAGAAACCUCUGCACGAGAAGAUGAAGUUCUCUGGGGUGGAGAAGGCGUUCUGCAGUGAUGGUUGCAUACUACUAUACAAGCAAGACUUUGCUAAACAACUGGGCCUGUGCUGUAUAACUUGUACAUACUGUUCUCAGACCUGCUCACGGGCGGUCACAGAGGAACAGGAUGGCAACACGUGGGACUUCUGCAGCGAAGAUUGUAAAAGCAAAUACUUCCUGUGGUCCCUGAAAGAAGCAAAGUGCCAUGAAUGCAAGCGUCAGGGGCAGCUCCUGGAGACUAUCCACUGGAGGGGAGAGAUCAAACACUACUGUGACGAGCCGUGCCUCCUGCUCUUCUACAGCCAACAGAACCAGCCCAACCUAGACACCAAGCAGGGGCCUGAGAGCCUGCUCAACAGUGCUACAUGUAAUUCCCCAGAUUCUAUGCCUCCCCCUGCUGCGACAAAGACAAGUGAAGCCACAGGAAGGGUACUGACUAGGGCUGUAGCCAAGCCUGCUCCUCCCGUCACUCCACCUAUCUCCCAAAGGAACAAAUCCUCCAUGUGUAAACCCAUGAUGACUACUACCGGUGUCACAUGUAAACCUGAGAUGAAGUCCCAGAGUUCCCAGACAGAUGAUUUCUUGCUGUCUCCACCUGUGAUGUUGCCGGUCCCUGUGCCUGUGUUUGUUCCUGUGCCUUUGAAUAUGUAUUGUCAAUACACUCCCAUAACAAUGGCCCUGCCUCUGCCGCUCCCAGUCCCCAUGUUCCUACCUGUCACACUGGAUCAUAUCGAUAAGCUUGUGGAAUAUAUAAAAGAGCUGAAACUCCAGAUCCCGUCUGAUCCACUGGAGGCUGACAUUCUGGCCAUGGCAGACAUGAUCGCAGAGGAGAGUAAAGGCAAGGGCUCCUCUGAUCUGUCUGAUCUGGACAGUGAUCAGAAAGCAGGCCCGUUGCCGAGGGACUACAGCUUAUUUGAGUCUUCAUCCCAAGAUGACAUCCUCUCCAUGGCUGUCAAUAUGGAUGAUGUACUGACUGAGCCAGGUCAAGACCCAGCAGAUGCGCUCACCAAAGCUUCCCUGGACCUGAACCCCAAUGUUGAUUUUCUCUUUGACUGUGGGAUGCCGCCACAUGCUACUUCACCAGAGCAGAGCUCCAACGCCGUUGUUCAGAAGGGUCCCAAGCGUCAGGCCAUGCCAGAGAUGACCUUACAUGAUCCCCUGGACAGUCAGCCUCUUGGUGCUGGCUUGAACAGCUCCCUUGGGGUCAAAGCCUGGAGGGCAUGGUCCCAAAGCAAGCACUCAGACGCUGAUGACAGAAAACAGAAACCAUUAGACCUUCUGUUGAGUAGUCCUGAGGAACUGAACCAUGGCCUGUCACAGUUUGUUCAAGACAUUGUUCAUCCCAGAGGACCGUGCUACAAGCCUGACAGCAUAUUUUACCUAUGUCUUGGUAUUCAACAGUAUCUCCUCGAAAACAACCGGAUGGUGAAUAUAUUCACAGACCAGUUAUAUGUCACCUUUGCCCAGGAGCUGAAUAAGAUUGUCAACAAAUGGCUGCCAUCUAACGGUGGUCUCGUGUCUCGUGUCCUGGAGGAGCACCUGUGGGAGUGUAAACAGCUGGGUGUGUACUCACCCUUCGUCCUGCUCAACACCCUCAUGUUCUUCAACACCAAGUCCUUUGGCCUGACCACCGUGGAGCAGCACCUCCAGCUCUCCUUCGCUACAGUCACGCGCCAGGCCAAGAGGAGGUCUACACCACAUGGCAUGGUCAAGUCAUCUAGUGUCUGCUACCACCCCAAAUCACAUCUCAAGAGAACCAGCAAAGAGGUCGGCUUGGGAAAGAGGAAACGAGAUGAGCCUUCUGAGCUGGAGCAACAAGAGAACCGGAUGAACCCUCUCAGAUGCCCCGUCAAAUUCUUUGAGUUCUACCUCUCCAAAUGCUCUGAUGGUGUGCGGAGCAGCUGCAAUGCAUUCUACCUGCAGCCGGAGGGCACAUGUAUGGCCGAGAGUUCUCGCUGGUACUCUGAUGUCCCCAUGGACAAGGGCAGGCUGGGAAUUAUGCUCAACAGGAUCCUGGCUGUCAAGGAUGUCUAUGAUGAGCACCCAGCACAGGAAGACAUGGACUGACAGCCGCACUGAUAGAUUGCACAACAAGUAUAUAUAGUGUACAUUGCUAACAUGGAAGCCGCUAGCACAAGGGAUGACAACCAUAACUACAAUGCAUUUUUGUUCCAUGUUUUUUUUCCUAAUUCACCCCUACACAAAUAGUUCAGUGAGCAUUUACCCCAUAGAAUUACCAUUACACUGAGUGCACAAAACAUUAGGAACAACUUCCUAAUAUUCAGUUGCACCCCUCCCCCACCGUUGUCCCCAGAACCGCCUCAAAUUGUCUGGGCAUGGGCUCUACAAGGUGUCGAAAGCGUUCCACAGCUGGCCCAUGUUGACUCCAAUGCUUCCCACAGUUGUGUCAAGUUGGCUGGAUGUCUUUGGCUGGCGAACCAUUCUUGGUACACAAGGAAAACUGUUGAGUGUGAAAAACCCAACAGCGUUGCAGUUCUUGACACACUCAAACCGGUUGGCCUGGCACCUACUAAAAUAACCUGUUCAAAGGCACUUCAAUCUUUUGUCUUGCCCAUUCACCACCAGAAUGUCUCAAGGCUUACAAAUCCUUCUUUAACCUGUCUCCUCCCCUUCAUCUUCACUGAUUGAAGUGAAUUUAACAGGUGAAAUCUGUAAGGGAUCAUAGCUUUCACCUGGUCAGUCUAUUUUAUGGAAAGAACAGGUGUUCCUAAUGUUUUGUACAAUUAGUGUAUGUACAGAACCUUAAUAGGACUGUAGUAUACCACCAUCAGUUCAGGUAAUCUAUUUUGAAUGCCCAAGUACAUUGGGCACUGUCAACGACAACUAGUUGAGACUUCAUGUCUGUUGUUCGUAUUGAAAAGUCAUACAUUUGUUUUUUAUGAAGUGUACAGAACAGCUGUAUUAUAGAAGUAGUCCACAAAUCCAUUUAAUUGACACUGCAUUUCACCCCCAACGCCAGCCUCGAUUUUGUUUCAUUCAAAGGCCUAAUGUUCAGAUAGUGAUGAUAUUUACGUGUUCGUUAUUUAGCAGACGCUCUUAUCUAGAGUGGCUUUACAGUAGUGAGUGCAUACGUUCGCCUAACUUUUUUUGUACUGGUCUCUGGUGGGAAUCGAACCCACAACCCUGGUGUUGCAAGCUUCAUAUUCUAACAACUGAGCCACACAGGACCCUAUGUAAGCAAUCAUUUUCAACUUAAACACUUUAAAUCUGUGUUUACCAUGUGGCCAGUGAGGGGAAAACCAUUUAUUGCUGCCAUAUGUUCACAUGUACAGUAUCGAGAAGCUCAUAGUAAUGGCAGACUUUUUACUUCAUAGCUAAUGUAUAUACACUACAUGUCCAAAAGUAUGUGAAUACCCCUUCAAAUUAGAGGAUUGGGCAAUUUCAGCCAUACUCGUUGCUGACCGGUGUAUAAAAUUGAGCACACAGCCAUGCAAUCUCCAUAGACAAACAUUGGCUGUAGAAUGGCCUUACUGAAGAGCUCAGUGACUUUCAGCAUGACACUGUCAUAGGAUGCCACCUUUCCAACAAGUCAGUUUGUCAAAUUUCUGCCCUGCUAGAGCUGCCCCUGUCAACUGUAAGUGCUGUUAUUGUGAAGUGGAAACAUCUAGGUGCAGCAACGACUCAGCCACGAAGUGGUAGGCCACACAAGCUCACAGAACAGGACCACCGAGUGCUGAAGCAUGUCAAAAUUGUCUGUCCUCUGUUGCAACACUCCCUACCGAGUUCCAAACUGCCUCUGGAAGCAACGUCAGCACAAUAACUGUUUGUCAGUAGCUUCAUGAAAUGGGUUUCCAUGGCCAAGCAGCUGCACACAAGCCUAAGAUCACCAUCCGCAAUACUGAGCGUCGGCUGGAGUGAUGUAAAGCUUGCAGCCAUUGGACUCACCACCUGGCAGUCUGAUGGACAAGUCUGGGUUUGGUGGAUGCCUCGAAAGCGACCUCCCUGAAUGCGUAGUACUAACUAAACUUUGGUGGAGGAGUAAAAAUGGUCUGAGGCUGUUUUUCGUGGUUCGGAAUAGGCCCCUUAGUUCCAGUGAAGGGAAAUCUUAAUCCUACAGCAUACAAUGACGUUCUAGACGAUUCUGUGCUUCCAACUUUGUGGCAGACACCGACUACGAGCCAGGCCUAAUCGCCCAACAUCAUUGCCCGACCUCACUAAUGCUCUUGUGGCUGAAUGGAAGCAAGUCCCUGCAGCAAUGUUCCAAAAUCUAGUGGAAAGCCUUCCUGGAAGAGUGCACAUACUUUUGGACAUGUAGUGUAUAUUGCCCCUCAUUUAAUCAUUUCUUAUUGUAACAAUCAUAACAUUCAUUAAACAAAAUAAGCCUAACAUCGUAAUAGAAUAGUUUUUUAUUUACUUAAUUUUAAUCCUGCUUAGAUUGUAUUGUCUUGACAAAAUAGUAUGUUUUAAUGCAUUUUCAGUCCUGAAUGUCUUGAGAAAAGUUGAAUAUGUACUAUGUUUAUUUUCUGUCUUUAUAAUUAAAGGAUGCAUAUAGAAUUGAGAA